UCCAGGGCGGCUGCUGAUUGGCUGCUGAAGGCUUGGUCCCAUCCCAGUGACCCCAAAGUGCUGAAGGGAGGGGGCGGGGGUGGCCCAGUGCAAAGUGCAUCCCGAAAGCCCCCUGCCUGGAGCCCCCGCGGCUGGCACUUCGGACCCUGAAUGACCUGGGACUUCGCUGCCCCGAGACCUCCCGUGUCGCCCCGUAGCUGGGAGCCUCCGGCCCGGAGCGCGGCAGCCCCCUACUCCGAUCCCUCAGACCGGGACUGCCCCCCCACCCAAGCCGGGACUUCCUCCCUGCACCCCUGCCCCGAAGCUGCCCGGCGGCCAGGACCGCCGUCUCCAGUCUGCUCGGCUGUCUGGAUGCUCGCCGGGCUGGGGCCGUGAGGCACCGAGGAAGAUCAGGAACACUCGUGUCCGGCCCUGCCGGGGUUGUUUCUUCAAUGGAGAAGUUGGGGAGUGUGGAGGAGGCUGAAAGAAGGAAGAGAAGCAGCAGCUGAGGAGACAGAACCCCUUGCUUGUCGCCCCCGGAGCACCGCACCACUCACAGGUUUCUAAUUUCCAGGUUUGAUCUGGCUAGGGGAGGUGAGAGAGCAGGAAGGGGGCUGGCCGGCCAGCAGCGAAGCAGCAGAGAACCUCUGACCAGCAUCCUCCGUAAAGGUUAAGAAAGAACUCAUUGACACUGGAAUCUGGACACACUCUGAGCCCCCUACUCAUGAUGCUGUAUGUGCACAAUGGUUAUUAGGCAAUCCACGUAUCAGGAAAAGGGGCAUUCUUCCAUAAGGCUGAUCCCUGUGACCUAAUGAAUCCUUUGUAAAAAGUGGACUCAGCUAGGAUGUUACACCACCAUUGUCGAAGGAACCCUGAACUCCAGGAAGAGUUGCAGAUUCAAGCUGCAGUGGCUGCCGGGGAUGUCCACACAGUACGGAAGAUGUUAGAACAAGGCUAUUCUCCAAAUGGCCGAGAUGCUAAUGGCUGGACACUGCUUCAUUUCUCUGCAGCAAGAGGAAAGGAAAGAUGUGUUCGAGUGUUUCUAGAACAUGGAGCUGAUCCCACAGUGAAGGACUUAAUCGGAGGCUUCACCGCGCUUCAUUAUGCAGCUAUGCAUGGCCGGGCCCGGAUUGCACGCCUGAUGUUAGAAUCUGAAUACAGGAGCGACAUUAUUAACGCAAAAAGCAACGAUGGCUGGACUCCGCUUCACGUGGCUGCUCACUACGGUAGGGACUCAUUUGUCCGACUCCUACUGGAGUUCAAGGCUGAGGUCGACCCGCUCAGUGAUAAAGGUACAACGCCGCUUCAGCUCGCCAUUAUCCGAGAGAGGUCCAGCUGUGUGAAAAUCCUCCUGGACCACAAUGCCAACAUCGACAUUCAGAACGGUUUCCUGUUGCGAUACGCUGUGAUCAAAAGCAAUCACUCUUACUGCCGAAUGUUCCUUCAGAGAGGCGCAGACACAAACUUGGGUCGCUUAGAAGAUGGACAGACUCCUUUACAUUUGUCUGCCCUUAGGGAUGAUGUGCUUUGUGCGCGGAUGUUAUAUAAUUACGGAGCGGACACGAACACAAGGAACUAUGAAGGACAGACCCCAUUGGCUGUUUCAAUAAGCAUUUCUGGAAGUAGUCGGCCGUGUUUGGAUUUCUUACAAGAAGUCACAAGACAGCCCAGAAAUUUGCAGGACCUGUGCCGAAUUAAAAUUCGACAGUGUAUAGGCCUUCAAAACCUAAAGCUACUUGAUGAACUACCAAUUGCCAAGGUCAUGAAAGACUACUUAAAACACAAAUUUGAUGAUAUCUGAUAUACACAGAACUGUGAGCAAGAUUAGGAGUUAUAUUCCAGAUACUUAAAAGGCUUUUUGCCUUGCACAAAGUAUAUCCUAUGCAAUUUCUGAUUUGCUGUGAAGUCAGAAAGCAGGUAUACACUUUUAGGUUUUUUUGUUUGUUUGUUUGGUUUUCAUUGUAGGGGAGGGAUUUUUUUAUAUAUAUAAACACACACACCCACACACACACACAAACACACACCCACCCCACAUGCUUGAAGGUCUUAAUUUGGUUUCUUGGUCCAAGUUUAAGAGGUCCAAGCUUUCUAUACAAUAGUGCAUUUAAAACAAUUGUUUUUCCAAAAUGACACAAGCAGGUUUGGAGUGGAGAAUUUACCGUUUCCAAAUUUAUGGUUGCAUUGGCGUGCACAAUAUUAUUCUAAACCAGCAGAGCACUUGUUACAGUUUGGAGGCACAGUUUCACCCAGGGUGUCCUGGGUUCUACUGGAAAAUACCCUAAGAAAUUGUUAAAGUAAUGCUGUCACCUCAUUCAUUUUUAAUGAGUGCAAAUUGGCUGUUUCAAACUGUUCUUUUCCUAAUUAAUGUAGCUUUUGGAUGACAUAAAUCCAGUACCUCUGCUUUCCUGUUGGUGUGCUCUUGUUUUUAACUUAUUUUUUUAACAACUGUAGUACACUACCCAGAGACAUUGGGUCUCAACUUCUGUCUCUAGUUGAAUUGUGCUUUUAAAAAAACUAAUGGGAAAGAAAAUAACUUUCUAAAGCCCACAUAUUCUGUUUUUAAAACAGUGCCUCCAGUGCAAUACUCUCUCUGGUGUAUUUUAUCCCUUAUUUCACUUGAUGUUCCUCGUUCCACAGCUGGCUUUGACAUGCCUGUGAGAACGGGAACCACCACUUUACUUUUAAUUGCAGAGCCGUAGUAUGUCAGUUGCAGUCUCCAUUUUAAGCUUUAUCUUUUACUUCACUUUAAGCAGAAAAUUUCAUGUCCUGGUGGUAGAGUAUUCCCUAAAAAUAGCCCAAAAUAUUGUUAAACCAUUUGGCUUUAAUGGUUAAAUAAUUUGGGGUGGUUUCAUGGUGUUUUUUUCUUCCCAGUUGAAAUAAAAUUUCUCAAGGGUAAAA